AUGUCUGACGAACAAUACGACGCUGCUCUGUCUCUUCUGCGACGAUUGGAUCCCAAAAACGUCAGCGUCAACCUCAAUUCCCUGUGCAAGAUUGCUCCGGAACUUGCGGAGGACCUGCUGUCUUCCGUCGACCAGCCUCUCGGUGUCAAGACCUGCAAAUCCACCAAAAAGGAGUACCUGACUUGCGACUACAACCGAGACGGCGACUCGUUCCGAUCCCCAUGGUCCGGCGACUACGAGCCCGCAACAGACGGCCCCACGCCCUCGGCGGCUCUGCGCAAACUCGAGGUUCUCGCCAACGACUCCUUUGACAUCUACAGAGACCUGUACUACGAGGGAGGAGUCUCUUCGGUCUACCUGUGGGACCAGGGCGAAGGAGACAAUACUAACAGCUUUGCCGGCGUUGUGCUGCUCAAGAAGACCUCGCCCUCGUCGUCCUGGGACUCCAUCCACGUCUUUGAGGUUGAGACCAGCCGUGGAGAGGGGAUCUACCGGGUCACAUCCACCGUGAUUCUCGAUCUGGGCUCCAAGUCCCCCAAGCUCGGCCUUUCCGGUAACCUGACUCGACAGACCGAGCGAGAGAUGGCUGUCGAUGAACCCUCUCAGCAUAUCGCAAACCUCGGAAGCAUUGUUGAGGACGUGGAGUCCAAGCUGCGAAACCAGCUGCAGGAGGUGUAUUUCGGCAAGGCCCGGGACAUUGUGGGCCAGGUGCGAUCUCUGGGCGGCGUUGAGGACGCCAAGCAGAAGCAACGACAGGAGGAGGUCAUCAAGGGUCUGCAGUAA